AUGGGGAUUGUAGAUGGUGGGGGGGGAUUUAGGGGUGUAAAGGUGGGGGUGGUGGAUGUGGGGUGUGGGGUGGAGGGGGGGGGGGGGGGGGGGGGGGGGGGGGGGGUAAUGAGGGUGGUUGGGGGGGGGUUGGAAGAGAAGGGAAGAGUAAGAGUGAAUAGGAGAUGGAGGUAUGAGGUGGUUGGGGGUGGUGGAGGAUAG